GAAUGACCUGUCGUCUUCAGAUGCAGAGGGUGUCUGGAGCCCCGAUAUUGAGCAGAGCUUCCAGGAGGCCCUCGCUAUAUACCCACCAUGUGGCAGAAGAAAGAUCAUCCUUUCGGACGAGGGCAAGAUGUACGGGCGAAAUGAGCUGAUCGCCCGCUACAUCAAGCUCCGUACGGGCAAGACGCGCACCCGCAAACAAGUCUCUAGUCACAUCCAAGUUCUCGCCAGGAGAAAGGCCAGGGAGAUACAGACGAAACUAAAGGUGAAUCAGGAUCAGACUUCGAAGGAAGCCGCCCUGCAGUCGAUGUCCUCCAUGUCGUCCGCUCAGAUCGUCUCUUUGUUUUACUCCCAGGAUCAGGCUGCCAAGGAGAAAGCGCUGCACUCCCUCACUUCGGCCCAGAUUGUGUCUGCCUCUGCCAUCCACAACAAGGCUGCCUCUCUUGCGUCCCUCGUACAACCCGUCAAUUAUGCCGGAACACCUUUCUGGCAACCAGGUAUCACACAACCAGGGACAUCUGAGGAUAUCAAGCCAUUUGUGAGUCAGCCCUAUGGAAUGGGACCGAAGCCUCCUGCUGUUCCUGUCUCUGGGGUCGACUUGUUGAACACGCCGUCACUUCCUUCAUUUGAGGGACGGGCAAUCGCUACCCACAAGCUGCGGCUGGUUGAACUGUCUGCCUUCAUGGAGCAACAACGUGAUCCAGAAAAUGUAAAGUAUCACAAACAUUUAUUUGUACAUAUAGGAGGUUUGCCCAGUUAUACAGACCCUCUGCUGGAGGCUGUAGAUAUUAGGCAAAUCUACGACAAAUUUCCUGAAAAGAAAGGAGGCCUGAAGGAGUUGUAUGACAAAGGUCCUCAAAAUGCUUUCUUCUUAAUCAAAUUUUGGGCUGACCUUAAUACAAAUAUCCAGGAUGAGGCUGGGGCAUUUUAUGGAGUCACUAGCCAGUAUGAAAGUAAUGAAAAUAUGACUAUUACAUGUUCGACAAAAGUUUGUUCAUUUGGAAAACAAGUUGUAGAAAAAGUUGAAACAGAGUAUGCUCGUUUUGAGAAUGGCAGGUUUGUCUAUCGAAUCCAUAGAUCACCCAUGUGUGAGUACAUGAUAAACUUUAUCCAUAAGCUAAAACACUUGCCAGAGAAGUACAUGAUGAAUAGCGUGCUAGAAAAUUUCACAAUAUUACAGGUGGUGACGAAUAGGGAUACACAAGAAACCCUUCUAUGUAUUGCCUAUGUAUUUGAAGUUUCAACAAGUGAACAUGGGGCACAACAUCACAUCUAUCGACUUGUCAAAGACUGAAUAAAACAAAAACAGAACUCAGUAUUUCAUUUCGUCCACUGUCAUUUCCCUCGAGUGCCUAACCAAUUGGCUCAUGGCCGUGUACAUAAAAAAAAUCAUCCAUUUCUAAAGACAGACAUAGGAACGCUUAUUUUUACAUGUUUAGGACAUCUGUGUUUUUAUGACUAUGUCUCAUUUGUUUCUCCUUCUGCUGGCAGCUGUAUUUCAGCUGUUCAGUCAUUCAUGAUUUUUGACUGUUGAACGUGUACAUAUUUUUAUAUUAGAUUUUUUUACUUCAACAUUUUUUUAGGCUGCUUGGUCAGAAUUUGAAAAAAAAAAAAAAAAAAAAAAAAAAAAUUCUCCCACGUAUCAAAAAUUGAAUUUGUGGCAGCUAUUUCGGUGAAUGUAAUGAUUUUUAUAAAUUAUAAAAAUUUCUCAUUUGCUGGGCCAUGUUCAAUGGUCAUUUAUUGAUAUUUUAAUAUGUUUUAUUUAAGGGUGUUUGUGGUUAUAACCAGAUGAAAUGCAACCCUUUUGUUAAAAGAUGAAUAUUUUUUUCCUCUUUGGAAAAUUGAUGUCAAAAUUGAAGAAUAGCAAAAUUGUUUUUAAAUUUUUUAAAAAUCAAAUAGAUUAAUUUUUUAAAGAGGUCCAGGGCUGUACUGGUUAAAAGUAAACUAUGAAUAUGCUCUGUAUUAAUUGUUAUAGUAUUAGCCUUUUUAAUUGGAGAAUUAAUAUGCAGUUGGAAAGUUGAUAUCAAAAUUGAUGAGUAAAAAUUCAUUAAUUGAUUUUUGAUGAAUGAAAUUUACUUAUUGUUUAAAAAAUACAGUCAGGCUUUACAUAUUGGCAGUAGUCUGUAAGUAUGUGCGAUAUUUAUUAAUUGUUAUUGAUUAGUUGUGCAUUUUGUUAAAUUCGUUUUUAAAUUGAAACAUUUCCAAUUUUAAAAUAAUGUAUGUUUAAUCAAGAUUAUUUAAAAUGUGUGGAAUUACAUUUAUUUUUAUUCCUUGAUUAUUUUUUUAAUAAAGUAAAUUAUUGUUAAAUUAAAUAUUAGAAAAUUUUAAUCAUAAAGUUUAGACAUAAAUAUGACAUGAAACAGCAAUGCAUUUUAAAAUUUGUAAAAGUUAUAUAAUCUAUGUUUUUAAUAGUUAAGUUUACUAAAACAUUGUUUUAAUGCUUUCCCCAAUUGAAUUAUUAUGAACCUAAUUUUGUUUGAAUAUUUCCAUGCUUUCAUUUAUUUUUCCUUAUAUAAAUAGCAUGAAAUAUUCUGUGUUUUAGUUAUAUAAGACUCAUGAUAUUGUAUAAAUAGCAUGAAAUAUUCUGCGUUUUAGUUAUAUAAAGCUCAUGAUAUAAAAUAAGCAGCCAAAAAUGUUGUACUUUUGAGGAAAGAAACAGCAUUUUUUAAAGAAUAGUUGCAGAAUAUUUCUAACAUUAAUGUAUUUGAAGGAGAAAUCAGUUGAAAACAUUGAGGUUUUGAAAAAUUUGUUUCAUUUUUAAGAUGAAAGCAAAAUUAUUUGCUUUUAUUUCGAUUAACUUUUAAAGACAUGUAAUGAGAAGCUUCAUGGUUUUAGAGUCUUGGACCACUUUCAUUUUUAUCAUUUGAAAAUAAAUCAAAAUGUGUAUCAGUUUAACUUUAAAUAAAAUUGUUCUUGCAGUAUCAUAUUCCACAACCACCCAAUAUUCACAAAAAUAAGAUCUUAAAUAACAAAAGUGUCAAGUUUUAUACUGAAGGAGCACAAAAUAAACCAGAGCUACGAAUCGAACUCAGAAUUUUGUGGAUAAUUAAUCUUCAGAAUUGUGUUUGCUUCCAGCUUUUUAUGUGUGUAAAAAAAAAAAAAAUAUUGUUUUUGAUUCAAUGUUUCUACGAAACAUUGAUUUUAUAGAACAGCCAAAACUACAAUAUAUUGCCAUAAAAUGUCCAGAUAUUUGCAAAUAAACUUUUUUUAUAUACUCAAUUCAGUGGUGCCCAUUGUAUUGUAUAUUUUUUCAUAAUUCAUCUAUUAUCAUCUGUUAUUAUAACUAUUAUAUAGUGAGUUUUGUUGUAAUUUAAAUCAGUUUUACUAUCCAUUAUAUUUAUUUUUUUAUCUGUGAAUGAAUGAGAUUUGGGAAUGGACAUGAAAAAUAUGAGCACAUAUUUUUGCUUUUAUUUGUCUUCAUUAUCAAAAAUCUGUUGUAAUAAUUUUUCACCAAAAAAAUAAACAAAUAAUAGCAAUUUCUGUGAUUAUUGAUAGUUCUAAAUUUAUUUUUCUAAUCAUUAAUUUAAAAAAAAAAUCGAACAUU